AUGUCGAGUUCGUCUCAUUCACAAUCACCUACGAUGAAGUUAAACACUUCAGAUAAAAGAGAUUUAAAUGAUGAAAAUGGUUCGUUAAGAGUUCGACGUUCCAAUCGCGAAAUCCGAAAGCCGAAAUUUGACGAUGAGAUUGUUGACAGUGCUUCUACUGCUAAAAUUGUGCAGAGGAAGCGAUCAAGUAUGGAAAGAAUACAUCAUUCUCCGGAAUCAGUUGAUCGCCCCGUUGAAAAAGCUCAAAGCGCAGCCAAGAUAAAACUUGCCAAGAGACAAUGGCGUCCUAGUGAAACAAAUAUUACACCUGCUGUUGAUGCAAAAAUUUUCAAGAAGUUGUCAGGAAAACCUGUUGGACAGAUGCAUUCUGUCUUUCUUGAUAAAAAACGACGUGAGCGGUCUACUAGUAAGGAAGGACGAACAAAAGAAUUAGCAGCUUUGGUGGCACAAACAGCUGCUGUCAAUUCCGGUAACGCGGAAUCGCAAAAAAAGUGGACUGCAUUAGACGAUGUUGCACUUAUUACAGCGGUUACACAGGUGAGCAAUCUUGCUGCUGUACAUGGAGCGAUUCGUUUUUCACGACCUUUUACACUGCCUGAGAUUGAAGAAAGAUGGUAUCAACUGCUUUACGACGAGACCGUUUCGCUUAUUGCGAAGAAGCGGAUUGCAGAUCUUAAUGUGGAGACUAUAAACGCGAUACAAUCUAGAACAGUUUUCACUGUAAAAGAAGAAGAGUUAUUAUCAUCGAUUCCGUCUACUACUGCAAACAGUGAUCUCGCUACUUUUGAACAGCUGCUACAACAAAAUAAGGGAGCAUUCCAUCACGCUCGAACCGCUAGUAUUCUGCAACAGCACUGGUUGGAAAUGAAAAGUUGGGAUUUGCUACAAGAUCAGCGUAAGGCUAGGAAUCGUGUAUUAGAUUUUUCGGAAAUUGAACAAAAAAUAGAAUGGAAUGGUGGUUGGGACUGGCAUACUAAUAUCGAGGAAACUCGGUUAUUCAAAGCAACGACAUUGGCCGAGCGUUCUUGGCUUGACUGGCAAAAAGUACAUGUUGAAGCGGUAAGUGGGAUAUCUGACGACUCGCAAAUGGGCGAUGGUGUUUGGGGUGUAUUGAAAGGUCGUGUUGUGCGUUAUAUACUUCGAGGUGAAACUGUCUUAAUAGGUCGCAGCACACAGUUCCACAGCGUUGAUGUCAACUUGGCUGUUGAAGGACCAGUUGCGACCAUUAGUCGAAAGCAGGCUAUUCUGAGAGCUGUCCGGAACGAAGACACCAAGACACUAGAAGUAUUCUUAUGCAACAUUGGUAAGCCUCCGAUGUAUGUCAAUGGUAAAACGCUACUAAAUGGCGACAAAAUCAGAGUGUUCAACAAUGGACUAAUAGAGAUCGCUCAAAUACACCUUCAGUUGCUUAUUGCUGCCACAAAUAUUAAUAGCAAUGGUAACAAUCAGGAAACUGGAACCAAACUUAUACAAACUGAACAUCAACAGUCGUUCCCAACAUCAUCUACUGCAUUACCACAACCACUAGCGUUCUGA